AUGGAGAGCGCCCGCCGCUGCCCGCUGCCCAGGAGCCCCGGAGCCCCACCAGCUCCAUCAGGCUGGGGUACACCCCCGGCCCCCUUCAGCUGGCACACACGGGCACAUGCCCCGAUGCAGCUGCACGCACGGCUGGCCCUGCGCACGCGCGCACCUGGACAGCAGGCUGAGCUCACCCUGUCUCCCGCAGCUGCUCGCUUGGGAUACAGGCCUUGCCGCACCGUGCCCAUGGCGUCCACGACCUCCGCCAUGCCAGGACCCUUCUCACUGAGUGCCCCUGGCAAUAACAGCACAGAGUUGCCGGAUGACAGGGACCCGCUGCUGGCCCGGGCAGAGGUGGCUCUGCUCGCCACGGUCUUUGUGGUGGUGGCGCUGAGUAAUGGGCUGGUGCUAGGGGCCCUGGUGCGGCGGGGCCGGCGGGGCCGCUGGGCGCCCAUGCACGUCUUCAUCUGCCAUUUGUGCCUGGCCGACCUAGUAGUGGCCCUGUUCCAAGUGCUGCCCCAGCUGGCCUGGGAUGCCACCGACCGCUUCCUGGGGCCCGAUGCCCUGUGCCGGGCCAUCAAGUACCUGCAGAUGGUUGGCAUGUACGCCUCAUCCUACAUGAUCCUGGCCAUGACAGUGGACCGCCACCGUGCCAUCUGCCGGCCCAUGCUGGCCUAUCGCCAGGGUGGUGGUCCUCAUUGGAACCGGCCGGUGCUGCUGGCCUGGGCCUUGUCACUGCUGCUCAGUGUCCCACAGCUCUUCAUCUUCGCACAGCGUGACGUGGGUGACAACAGUGGAGUCUUUGACUGCUGGGCCCGCUUUGCUGAGCCCUGGGGUCUCCGCGCCUAUGUUACCUGGAUUGCCCUGAUGGUGUUUGUGGCCCCUGCACUGGGCAUCGCUGUCUGCCAGGUGCUCAUCUUCCAGGAAAUCCAUACCAGCUUGCUACCAGGGCCGGCCCACGGGGCAGGGGCACAACGUGGGGGGAGUGGGCAGGGCGCUGGCCGUGAGGGGACACGGGUAUCGGCAGCUGUGGCCAAGACAGUAAGGAUGACGCUGGUGAUAGUGAUCGUCUAUGUGCUGUGCUGGGCCCCCUUCUUCCUUGUGCAGCUAUGGGCAGCGUGGGAUCCUAACGCUCCACGGGAAGGACCCCUGUUUGUGCUGCUUAUGCUGCUGGCCAGCCUCAACAGCUGCACCAACCCCUGGAUCUAUGCCUUCUUCAGCAGCAGUGUCUCCUCUGAGCUCCGACGCCUGUUGUGCUGCACCCCAAGACAUGCCCUGCCAAGCCUGGGGCCCCAGGAGGAGUCGUGCACCACUGCCAGCUCCUUCCUGGCCAAGGACGCUUCCCCUUGA